CCUCAAACGUAAAGCACCCCUCAAGCUCAAAUGGAUCCUUCCACACACCCGGAAGUAAAAAGCACUGUGCCGGUGGAUGAUUUCACGAAUCCAAUUCGCUUUUUGAUGUACACAGCUACUGUAUGUAACGCUGUAGCAACAGUGUUUUGCCGAUUUCUUGCCAAAUCUUGAAAUGUCUCCCCCUGUGGCGUUAAACGUUGGCGGUCACAUCUACACGACAUCGCUGUCCACUCUCACCAGCUACCCGGACUCGAUGUUGGGGGCGAUGUUCAGCGGUGAUAUACCCACGGGGAGGGACGACCAAGGACGCUACUUCAUCGACAGAGAUGGCGAGCUCUUCCGCUUCGUCUUGAACUUUCUCCGCACCACGGAGCUGCUGCUGCCCGACGACUUCAAGGAAAUCUCCCAGUUGAAGAAGGAGGCUGAUUUCUACCAGAUCCAGCCGUUAAUCGAGGAGCUGAGGAAGGAGGAAGUGAGAGCGAUGUGCCCGAGAGGGGAGGGCGACGUUCUCAUCGUAGAGCACAUUUUCAACAAGAACGCGGGUGGAAACGAGUACAGGGUUGUGGUCAGUAGAACACAGCCAGAGUGCAGGCUACAGGAGGUCAAACAAGUGUUGUCAAGCCUAGCCGUGGAGUGUAACAGACAGGAGCUUCUACCGGCAUGGAUACGGAACCUUCGCGUAUCGGUCCGUAUAGAGGAGAAGUGGAAAUGGUCCUUCGAGCUGAUCGCGACCUUCACCGACGGCGGAGGCAUGCCGCGAGCGGCGAACAUCGAGGCAGUGGUGCCCAUCACCGCGCUACUCAGGGCAUAUAUGGACACGGGGUACGUUUUGCAAGGGGGGCCGACUCCCGUGCUACAACACGACCCCAAGGAAGCGGAGAAAUGGGUGCUAGUGAGGAAACGAAAAACGCCUUCUAGUACGUCGUAGAAUUUGCAUGACGUAUAUAUAUUAUGUAGGAUGAAAACAUACAGUUGGUGCUACGUUCGGCACAUAGGGUAUGAGGUCUACUAUUCAAUUCCGCCAGAUAUCAUAUAUCCGCCACCCUAAAAAAAUCCGUCUAAAGAGCUCUCUAUUGCAACGUUUUCCAGUACUGAGUUUACUCCUGCAUAUCCAAACAGUGUUUUGAAAAGAAAGUACUAAGUAGAGUAUACAGGCAUUCCUGCACAUCUAAACUGUAACCGAGGAGGUUAAAAAAGGAUUUAAACUUCCUUGUUGUAUCUGUUACAUACCCAUACCACAUACUGGAAAAGACAUUUUGUUUUGUUUUUAAUGAGGGACAUAUGUAACCAGGCGGAUAGAUGUUAUUGUAGGUUAACCUUUUCUGGUGCUGUUUGUCGCGUAUCGCCAGUAUUUCAGGGACUACUAGUAUGUCAUUGAAGCGUGCAUGUAUGGCUUCCCAUAUAGAGCUGAGUUACAAUUUACAAAUGCCUUGCUGCGCUGUUACAAUGCUUCCAAUGGAAGUUGGCUAUAUAAGACAGUCAUAGUAUUUAUAGUAGCAACGGACUAUCAAUGCAAAUGUCGUAGGCAGGGAAUGGCAGAGAAACAGCUUUAUAGCGAUAGCUAGUAGUCAUGUUUCUAUAUGCGAUUUUCUACUCGGAAAUUCUAUUGCGCUUAUCAGGGAUUUGAUAGUAGUAUAGAAAUGUGUAUGGGUGACACGAUAUUCUGGUAGCGUUUAUUUCGUUGUACUUUGGCGUCACAGUGAAAAACAGGGCAUAAGUGUAGGCGAACACCAAGACAUGGUUACAUGCAGUCUCACAUGGCAUCAAGCGUAGAAGUAUCCUACUACAGCAGAGAAAAAAGAGGUAUUUUGUUACAUUUUUUGUCAUAUAUCAAUGUUGCUGGACUGUUCUCGUAUUUGAUAUUAGUAUUUAUUUUUCUACACAACGUGAUAUUAUUUAACCUUCCUUAACAUUUUAUCUAGCCAUCGACGUACUUAAAAGCUUUUCGUGUUAUGUAUAUGUUUAAGUGAUAAGGCGAUCUUCUCUAUAUUGACUUUGGCUUUUGUUCGUCAGGGUGUUUUAUAUUCUUAAAAAUUGUGACUUUUGCUGUCAGAUAGCAUAGGGAAAGCUAAACAUUUGUGUAAUUGUGGACAUCAACUAAUCGCUAAUUCACAGUAAAAGUUGUUUUAAUGUGAAUGUCAAUAAUGGCUGUCAUGACAUGGUGCUACAAAGAAACGCUGAAGUUGGAAGAAAGUGCUGCAGUUUUGUCAAGUACCAAGAAGCAGUGAUAUACGCCAAUGAUAGCUACUGAUGCAAAACCUUCUCCAUGUCCCUGUCACACAGUCGCUUCGGUCAUGUUUGCGCAUCGCCGAAAGGGUUAGCGCGCAUUUUCGUCUACAAAUCAUAUUUAACGGAGCUUUUAGUGAUACGCUAACCCAUCCCUAAAAAUCAUUUGGAGCGCGCAGAUUCGAUGUUCGUUCUGUGUGACAGAGGUAUUAUGGAUUCAAAAACAAACCGUACCUAGUAUCCUUGAUAUGUAUUCUUAAUAACAUAUAUACCUGUAUCAGGUUGGAAAAGAAAUAACAGUAUUAGAUACUUAUGGUGCUGAAGACAAUGUAUAUGAGAGAUACUAAAUGCAUUUAAUGUUCAGAAAACCUCAGGGGAGACAAUAUUUAGACAUAUUGUAACUCUAAAUCAACCGUAACGCCACUGUGUUGGUGCCUAUGGUGAAGUUAUGUCCAGUUUCUGACAACUAGCGGUAGAUUAGUUCUAGAAAUUUAAAGUGGCGAAGUUUACUCAGAAAUCAAAGCGUGUAUUAAAACGACAGCGUACAA